GCGGCAAGUUCGGAAUAUCUGUUUGAUCCUCCAUCUCUCUUUUGAAUCUCAAUACCCCUCCCUCAUGCCUGGAGACUGGAUCAUCGUUUAAGAUCCAUCUAGGAAAUGCGAAGUCGAUCAUCGGGCCGGGCAGUUUCGCAUAUUGUUCGACAAUCGCUGCGGCGCGCAUUGCAUGCCAAUACGGAAUCCACUGGGAUCAAUUCAAGCGUGAAGAGCACCGCACAAUGAUGCACUGAAUACACGCACAAUCGAAAACGACGCGGAUAUGGAUCAAGCAGAGACUGGCAAACUGGCCGGUGGGCACAAUGCAGAUACCCGAUAUAGACCGCCAACUCUGGAGGAGGCUCUGGCAUACACUCCAGUCACUUCGAUCUUGCCUUUCAAUCCAGAGAUCAUAAGCGCCCCAUCCGUGAGCCCCCCGAUCUCAUCGACAGCUUUUACACCUUCGAAGGAGCGCGAGACUGGCAAAGUGGAGCUGGAGAACCUCGGUCGAUUGGCACAAGAGGCACCAACUUCAGUCAGACUGGAACAGACUUUAAAACACCUAGGUGAUCUGCUACAGAGAGAUGGGUUGACUCAAUAUAAGUUUGCGAAACCUCCUGGUUUCACUUCGGAAACAGCGGCAUCGUCAUCGAGGCCUUCUAAGAAGCGAACAGGCCAAAGUGCUCUCGAUGAACUGUCACCCUUCGCGAAGAUGGUCUUAAAGCGAACCAAUGUCGAUUUUGCAUAUUCGAAAGCACCGGCAUCGACUGCCAAGUCGCGACAGCAGAGAACGCCAUCAACGACUCCAGUUUCCAUGCAAUCCCCGGGCACUCGUCAAACCAUCAAGGCGGAAAGCAGGACGCCUACGGUUGAGAGGAAGUCACCGCUUCCACCACCAGUUCGAUCGGCGCAUAUGGAGGUCAAACCGCGCGUAACACCACCACAUCUGGAACGGGCACCCUCGAAUAAUCAAUCCCAAGUAUCCAGUAUGGGAUACGUGGAAGUUCAAUCUCAGAACGCGACCGCCAUCGACCAUAAUGCAUCGAUGACGAUCAAUCCAUCUUUACUGAUGAAGGCCCCCCCUCAGCCAACUUCACAAGUCAUUAUUCCGCCGCCGUCGAGCCCUCUGAGUAGCGUUCCUCCAUCAUCUAACCCCCAGCCUCCAUCCCAGCAGUCUACUUCAAAGCACAGUGCUCCUCCAUCUCAAACUCCAAAAGAGCCCGUUGUCAAGCGUCAGUUGAAUGGGAAUGACAUGAUCAUGACCCCGUCCAUUCCGAGCUCCUCUCAAGCCGACUACGUUGCGGAUCCACGAAUUGAUGCUCGCGUUGCUGCUAGAGACACCUUUAAUAUCUCGAAGAAACGAAUACACGAUGAGAUGACAGGCGGUGAAGGUUACGUCUCAAUGAGCGUCGACGUCCGACACAAGGCAAACGCAGAAUUACACAAGUUGUUGGAGCUGGUGGAAGACCUGCUAGAGACAGAAAAUGCAUGGGAUCCAGACGCAUCACAGGUCAAUCAAUCAGAUGUUGGUCGCUACUUCAUCAUUGGUGCAUCAUGGGUCGACCAAGAUGCACCUAGCUCGUCUGUUCCCCGUUUGCUUCCCCAAACGCAAGCAAAGCUGGACAAGGCUAUACAAACGGUCAUCUCGGCCAAGAGGUUCCAAGAGGUAUCCGCGGACAGCUUGGUGCGAAUACAAAGAAUGUGCGAAGCAUCAAUUGUGCCGGUUGAAAGGCUGAAGCUUCUUGUGAGUGGCUCCUGGACCGAUCAGGAUAUUCAAGAUUGGGCCGGCAGCCUUGCCACUGCGGAGCAUGGAAUGCAAGCAGCAAAAUUGCUAUUGCGUAUCAUGUGUGCAGGAAGAGAAGAGAAGGUCCUGUAUUCGGAACAUUUGGUCCGCCAGACUCUUGACGCGGUGAAACAUGUGCUUGAGAUGUGCCUAUUGCCAGCAGUCGAGACGAGGAAUAUGGAAGCUCAAGCCGACGUAUUCCGUAUAUUGGCUACACACAAGAAGCCAUUGUCCAACCUCAUGGCGAUAGUCGGCCGCGUCUUCAGGCUUCUUGGCGAUCUUAUUGCGAAGGUGGACGUCGCGGAAACGGCUAUCAAUUCAGUCGAGGACACUGCCGUCAAGCUCAUCUUUGUGGAAAAUGCUCAUGCAGAAAGGGACUCGGCGCUUGGCACACAGAAAUAUGAGACACUCCGUCGUACCGCCAUGGACACUUUGGCGCGAGUGUUCGCCAAGUACUCCGAAAUGCGACAGGGAAUUUUCAACGACAUUCUUACCAGCCUGGAACGGUUGCCGGUGCAGAGGCAGUCCGCGCGGCAGUAUCGCCUCAUUGAGGGCAAACCCAUACAACUCGUCAGUGCUCUGCUGAUGAGAUUGGUUCAAAUGGCUGGCGCACCCCUGCGUGAAGACGCCCGAAGGAGGGCAAAGGCUGCAAUGGCCAAUGGUGGAGAAAGUUCGGAUGAAGACGAGGAAGACAUCGAAAGUGAUGAAGAGCCACUGGCGAAAACCAAGCCCCAGGCUGUUGUCCAAGCUAUGGACCUUGAUAUGGUUGGUGACAUGACUAUCUCCACUGCAAUGAAGGAGCUUAGGAGUAUUAGUACUCCUUUGUUCUCGAGUGCACAGCAAAGUGCGAGACACCUGGUUGGUUUCCUCGUCUCGAAAGCUCUAGGCGCUACCAAGACUGGAGAUACUCCGUUCCGAAAUCUCCUGGACAUUUUUGUUGAAGAUUUCUUGAACGUUCUCGGUCACGCGGAAUGGCCUGCAGCCGAACUGCUUCUGCAGACCCUCCUGACGCAGAUGGUCGGUCUUGUGGAAACCGACAAGAUGGCCACCAACGCAAAAGUCAUGGCUCUUGACCUGAUGGGAUUGAUGGGCUCUGGCAUCUCCGAUGUUCAGUUAUAUGUGCAGCACAAUUACCGGUCUCUCGAUACUCGGGAUUCCGAUCUUUCUGUCAGACUAUCGAUCAUCGCCGAUACCGUCCUCGAAGAGCGACAAGCAGAUCUCGACGGCCUGGAAUUCGACGGCCCCUAUCGAACCGCUAUUGAAUAUCUUCACACGAGGGAGAGUGGAAAUGAUCCCCAGAAUCAGAGCGCAAGAGGCUUCACCAUGGCCCAAUGGGCGGCCCAGCUUUUGGUAGUGUUCGAAACAGCGCGAAAGAGAGGCGAUGACGCCGAUGCAGAAUUGCCACGCGAUCUUCUCCUUCAAGUCCGGAACAUGAUCGCGGACGACAGUUGGCUCCAAACGGAAUACGAAUUCGAGACCGUGUCCGACACCCAAGGAAGGAUCGCAUCCGCACUCGUAGCGUUGAAUCUACCGUUCUGCAGAUCUUUCAAACGGAUAUUCCACACGCUGCUCCUGUCAAUGAAUAGUGAUCAAGCAUCUCUCAAGAGCCGGAGUUUGAAGAGCGUGGUUCAACUCCUGGAGAAGGACCCGAAGAUUCUCGACAAAGGCAACCAUGUCAUCAACCACAUCCUUCGGUGCAUGGGAGAUCCUUCGACAAUGGUCCGAGAUUCCGCGCUAGGACUACUAGCAAAGUGUCUGACACUGAAACCAUCGCUCGAGAACGAGGUCUGUGAUCGUAUCAUAGCUCGAUCUGCGGAUGCGGCCGUUGUAGUCCGAAAGCGCGUAAUGAAGACCCUGAAGGACAUCUACUUGAGGAACGAGAGUCAAGAUGUCAAGGCCGCCAUCGCGGAUACUCUUCUUCAACGGAUUCGGGAUACCGAAGAAUCCAUCGCAGAUAUGGCGAGACAAACCUUCGAAGAGAUCUGGAUCACACCAUUUGUCGAGUCCAAGGGAACAGACGAGGACCCGCACAUGAAUCUACGCCUCAAGAAGCAGGUAGCGCUGAUUGUCAGGACUGUACAACGCGGGGAUGGCGUACUCAGCGUCCUCGAGUCACUUCUCCACAGUGCUCUCUCUCCCCAGUCGAAGCAUGCAUCUAUCAACACCGGGGUUUGCAAGACCAUGGUUGCAGCGAUGUUUGACGCGAUUAUCGACAACGACCAAGCGUUCAGCGGUCUGCCGCAGCACAGUAUCCUUCAGACAAUGGCAGUAUUUUCCAAAGCCAGCCCGGCGCUCUUUACGGCGGAUCAAUUGAAGCUAUUGGAGCCGUAUAUUAAGAACCUUUCGAACACCGACGAUCUAUUAAUUUACCGAUCGGUCAUCAGCAUCUUCCGAUAUACGAUGCCGUCGCUGUCCUCUCUCCAGAAAGGAUUUUUAGAGAACGUCCAGCAAGCGCUCCUCAGCAGCGUUGCGAAACUUGGAAAAAGCGAACUCGAAGAGGUCGCUUCAUGUCUCUGGAUUAUUGAUAGCGUCCUUGAAAAUACGGAGAGACUUAUCCGGCUUAUUGUGUCCGUGAUUCGCGGCAUCGGUGCCAAGAAACUGGUCAACUUCAAUGACGCUGCACAGGCCGUGGAACUCAACCGAGUCAAGCGGUACAUCAUGAUUGCUGGCUACUUCGGAAAGGCGUGUGAUUUCGAGAAGUAUCUCAACGUUUUCAAGAAACAGUUGGGCUAUCCAGGUUCUACCGUAUCAGGCAUCAUCAUUGAUGUCCUCAUCCCGUUUGUGAAGACAAAACAGCCGAUCGAUCUUCGUGAAGCAGCCCUCGAGAGUAUCGGCAUGAUAUGCCAAGCUUGGCCACAACAAUUCAACCGGCCGGAUGUCACUCGAGCCUUUGACUUAGUCUUUAUCAACGAUGACAUGAAGCUGAAGUAUGUCGUGCUCCUCUGUAUACGCGACUUUUUUGCCGCCGAAGAGAAGCGAUCCGAGACAGGUGCAGAGAUCAAGGUUGGUGAGGGUGUGAAACACGGCCAGGCACGUCUUCAAAAGUCACUCGCGGCCAAUGAAAAUGAUGGCGUUUCGACCUGUCUUGCGCAGAAUUACCUCCACUAUAUUCUCAAGCUUGCGUUGGCCAAGCCGGAUGAACAGGCCUUCCUUGCGACGCAGAUCAUUGCAAGUAUCAACCGACAAGGCUUGGUGCAUCCUAAGGAAUGCGGUCCGGCCCUUGUCGCGCUCGAGACCUCUCCACAUGAACAAAUUGCUGCGAUUGCCUUCCAAGAACACCGCAGCUUGCAUGAAAAGCACGAGAGCAUGUUUGAGAAGGAGUAUAUGAAGGCAACCAAUCAAGCCUUCACAUACCAAGCGGAUGUGCUCAGCGACUCCAAGGGCACCACGGGCCAGCCACCCGUUGCGAAGAUGAAGCCGCUUUACGAAGUGCUCAAGAUCGGAAACAGCAAAGUGCGCAAACGGUUCUUGCAAAAUCUCUGCUCGCGAUGCGAUAUUGAGCCGGUGAAAUUUCAGAGCAAUCCGGAAGGUAGUCGGCAUGGACAUUUCGUCCGGUUCUGCAUGGAGAACCUUGCUCUUUUCGACUAUUCUCGGGUCGAUGAGCUGCUUCAUGUGGUUUCCUGCAUGGAAAAGCUAGUUACCUCUAGCGGAACGACAGUAGCCCAUAGCAUCGAGACGGAGAUAUUAAAGAUGGGCAUGAACAGCCAGCAAAACCCGACGAACAGUGGACCGCAAGCCGAUAUAGCGAUGCAAAAUGGUGAUGUGCAAGUCAACGGGUUCGACUACGCACAAGCCAAUGGAUUAGCGGUGGGCGAUGUCGGAAACCAUCAAUCCCUUCCAGCAGUUCCCGAUAUCGACCCAAGCCGUCUCAACACGCUCUCCUUAUCGGCCGUCAUCCUGUUGACGAUCUGGGAAACCCGCAGCCACCUCCGCCGUGCCUGGAACCUCGCGAAGCCACACGCCUCCAAGCAAUCCAAACCGAGCGUCAAAGACAUGAACAAGACCCCCAUCCGCAACCCCGCGUUCCCCCACGACAAGUUCCUCGAGCGCAUCGCGUCCCUCCAUCACCUCCUCGCCACCCCUGCAUCCGAGAUCGAAGCCUGCCAGUCCCUCGUGCACCUUCUCAGCGUCGACAACGAGCAUCGCAUCGUCGACAACGAGGACGACGACGAGGUCGCGCGCAUGGCCGCCGGGUACGAGACGCCGAGCGACGCGGGGGGCGGCGCGAGCGAGAACGGCGGCAGCGCGGAGAAGCGGGGCCGGAAGCGGAAGAGCAGUAUUAGUCUGGGGGGGCAUCUGGGCAUGACGCCGAAAAAGAAGCGGGGGCGGCCGGGGAGCGCGAAGAAUAAGGGUGGCGCGGGAGGGAGGAGGAAGAGUACUAGCAGCGGGGACGAUGAUGGGUGGGAUUGAACUUGAGGGUAUCUGAGGGGUCUAGAGGCGCUAAUACGGGCGCGAGUUUCGGAUCAGAUGAAUGUGGAGAUCCACGGAGUAAUCGGGGUAUGUCUUCGAGCAUAGGAAAUCGGAGGCGCUUCACUGGGAAAUGAUCAUGGCUCAAUGGGACUGCAUAGAUUAUGGCUGCAUACUGCUACUUAAUAUAUAUUCACGGCAUUAAGACGGUUUAGACGGAUCGGAAGUGAAGGAGACGACGAGUGAAAUUUAGACAACCAUAGUCUACGUUGCUACGGUCAUGCGGAGAUAAAACCGUUAUGUUGGGACAGUGCCCUGUGAUAGAUGCACUAUACAAGAUAGCAAUGAGCCUCCUCCGUCCGUUCCGAUCCAUUCGCUAAUGCCCAUGUCUCGUUCGAAUUCCGAACCCCCAAACCCAUCCUAAGGUAUCCAGCCGCUCCAAACUCCAUGAUAUG